CGACUUCCUCCUGACGCCGCCUCUGAUUGGCUCCUGGGCAUGUAAGAAACGGGUGAAUGAGCGGCUGGCGCUUGCAGAAACUUGCUGGAGGUCUUGAGGUGGCAUCGCCCUGACCUCCUCGUCCACACGCUGGCGGGCCGAGCCGGGGGAGGAUGAGGUCGUCCUGUGUCCUGCUCACCGCUCUGGUGGCGCUGGCCGCUUAUUACAUCUACAUUCCCCUGCCCAGCUCCGUGUCCGAUCCCUGGAAGCUGAUGCUGCUGGACGCGGUUUUCCGGAGCGCACAGCAAGUGAGUAACCUGAUACACUUCCUGGGCCUGAGUCAUCAUCUGCUCGCACUCAAUUUUAUCAUCGUUUCUUUCGGCAAGAAAAGCGCAUGGUCAUCUGCUCAAGUGAAGGUGACUGACACCGACUUUGACGGGGUGGAAGUCAGAGUGUUUGAAGGCUUCCCAAAGCCAGAAGAGCCGCUGAAACGCAGCGUUGUUUAUAUCCACGGAGGAGGCUGGGCCCUGGCAAGUGCAAAAAUCAGAUAUUAUGAUGAACUGUGUACAGCAAUGGCUGAGGAAUUGAAUGCUGUCAUUGUCUCCAUUGAAUACAGGCUAGUUCCAAAGGUUCACUUUCCUGCACAAAUUCACGAUGUUGUACGUGCCACAAAGUACUUCCUACAGCCAGAAGUCUUACAGAAGUAUUCGGUUGACCCAGGCAGAAUUGGCAUUUCUGGUGACAGUGCUGGUGGGAAUUUGGCCGCUGUCCUGAGCCAACAGUUUAAUCAAGAUGCCAACCUAAAAAACAAGUUCAAAGUGCAAGCUUUAAUUUAUCCAGUUCUUCAAGCUUUAGAUUUUAACACACCCUCUUAUCAGCAAAAUGUCAACACCCCAAUCCUGCCCCGUUAUGUCAUGGUGAAGUACUGGGUGGAUUACUUCAAAGGCAGCUACGACUUUGUCCAGGCAAUGAUCAUUAACAACCACACUUCACUUGAUGUGGGUGAGGCCGUUGCCCUCAGGGCCCGUCUAAACUGGACGUCGCUCUUGCCUGCAUCCAUCACAAAGAACUACAAGCCUGUUGUGCAGACCACCGGCAGUGCCAGGAUCAUCCAGGAGAUCCCUCAGCUGCUGGAUGUCCGUUCUGCCCCACUCAUUGCCGACCAGGAAGUCCUGCAGCACCUCCCAAAGACCUAUAUUCUGACAUGUGAGCACGAUGUCCUAAGGGAUGAUGGGAUCAUGUAUGCAAAGCGCUUGGAGAGUGCAGGAGUGGAGGUAACCCUUGAUCACUUUGAGGAUGGCUUCCACGGAUGCAUGAUUUUCACUAGCUGGCCCACCAACUUCUCGGUGGGAAUCCGGACUAGGAAUAGUUACAUCAAGUGGCUGGAUCAAAACCUGUGAAGAAGCAAAAUUUCUUGAAUGCUUGAACCCCUCUUAACCUCCUGCACCUGCUUUGUGAAGAUACGCACUUUUUAGCCAGCUAACUUCUGCUUAUUACUUGUGAGUUAUGGAGUCUCUUCCCUGCAGACUUUAUGUUCAUUUAAUUUUAUAAAAUGCAUUUGACUAAUGCUAAGUGCAGAAACAUCUGAACUGGUUCUCAAAGUGGGCCAGUCUCUCUCUUACUGUUUUAGCUAAACUAUUGCUAAUACCCACCACUGCAGAAAGCAGGACAAGAAGCUGAAAAUAGCUUUGGGUCCUGCCUCGAUGAAGUUCUUUUCAGAAGAAAUUCUUCCAGCUGUGGAUGAUACAGUGACCUUUAAUGAACUGAGAAUGUGGGCUCUUCAACUGGCUAGAGUUUACUGUGCAUUCAGAGCAAAUGUGUGCACUUUAAUGUGUGCACACUCUAAGUGUGCACAUUUGGUGGGUACCAAAUGCCCUCUGUUCUUUAUGGAUAGAUAGUUUUGUUUCCUAUGGGAAUCUUGGCAAAGGUGUUCUAACAAGGACAAGUUUUUCAAAUGGCUUUCUUCCUUUAGAGUAUUGAUUUUAUGAGAUAGCUGUAAGUCCAGUUGGAUUAUAGUGAUACUUGAAAGUUACUUUCUACCACUAUUAGAAAAUAUGAGGUUGCAUGUACUGGAUACCUGUACAUUGUUAAGUUUUUUUGGUUAUCCUGUCUCCUUGGGGGAUAUCUUUUGGGAGCAAAUUUAUUUAGGUAUAGAAUAAAUGUUCCAUUACAGAACAACUAAAAACAGACAAGUGAACCAACCUAUUGUUUUCAUAAUCAAUACUUCUGACAUAAAUUACCAAGAGUAGUGUCUGUAUAUUUGGCAUAGUUAGAAAAGAAGACACAUUUAAUAUUAAAAUAAUGAAAAAUUCCUCUAAAAGGUCUAGUUUAUUCUUGAAAAUUCAACUUUUUCACUCACAUGGCUUCAAAAUGGGGCUAUUUUGGUAUAUAUAAUGUAUUGUUUAUUUUUUUAAGUUAUUUAAUAUUAGUAUAGGUAGUAGCUAGUCUGAAGAUUUUUCAGAAUGAUGUCUGUAAUGACAUUAAAAAUGAUAUAUUUUGAAAAACUACCUUAGAAUUAUAUCCACUGUAAUUUUAUGGAAAGAGAUAAAGUAGCUAGUAAUACUACUAUACAUUAGGCCUAAAUAUUUUGGUGUUUAUAUGCAUAUAGAAAUUAAAAUACUUAGGUACUAUGACUACACCUAGUAAACUUUCUGGUUCAACAGCUUAGGCAAGACACACACUGCUGAUUUCUGUUCUCUGUGGUCGGAAGAACACCAGCCCAUAUUCUUCUGGGUGAAGGGCAUACAUUGGUACUUGAUGCCAACCCCCUGACCCCCCUACCCUGGUUGAGAAGUUGCAGUAGCCCAAGCUUAAGUUUGCGUAGAGCCUUCACUGCUGGGGGGAUCCUCUUUGGCACAGCAAGGAAUUCCCAUUCUAAUCUGAGUUGAGUACCUCUGCCCACCUUCCGGCCAGUCUUCCUGCUCCCAAUCCACGCUACCUUCAGGGACUGCAGAGAGGAGCAGUGUGGCCAAGCCAUAAUACGAUUCAUCAGUGGCAAGAAAGAACUUUUUUGCUCAUUUAAAAUAUGGGUAUUUCCCACUUCUGGCAGUGUAAUAACAAAUGAAAAUUUGCAUGCUUAUUUUUCUUUUAUUGUAUAAGCCAGUAGCAAUUUAUGUACAAAACAGAAGUAAAUGUAACAGUUUGUGUGUGCCUGUGUGCGUAUAAAAACAAUCGUACUGUGUGAUGUGCUAAUAUACUCAGGCAAGGCCUCACCAUCUCUGGGCCUCUUUCCCUUUCCUCUAAAUCAGAGAAUUGAGUUAAUUUAUGAGGUCUCUUCCAACAAUAUAUUCCAACCAUGUUGUCAGACCGGCAAAUUGUAUCGGUCUCUUCGGCAAUAGUUUUUUUAUAGAUCGUAAUUCCACAUACCCAGACACGUGCAUUAUCAAAGAUUUUUUUUCUUGAAAACUGGAAUUUUAGUUCUUAUUCUAUGACAGCUACCCUCCUCAUUUAAUACUAUUCUUUUUGACAUCAUUUGAAGGAACAAAUGUUUGGACCUUAUUUUGAGGCUAUCUACCUCUAAGAAAGCAAAGAAAAUACAAUACAUGCAGAGUUCCUUAAAAUGGAAUUCUCUACCACCCUCCCCCCCACACACCCCAGGAAUUGUAAGUCAAAUCCUAUAGGAAUUAUAGCCGGUGAAUGAUUCUAAAUGUCUAAAAGGUUCUCGAAUGAAAAGGGAGUGAAAGAAAAAAAGGGUCAACCACUCUUUCUGAUGAAACUCUAGAGUUUCACUAAAGCUGUUAUAAAUGUGAAUAAUUUGCCUGACGACUUACACUGUAUUCCACCUCAGACGUUCCUUGAAGGUCUUUCUUGAAAUUUUCCUUGGAAUAAUAACAGUUAGAAAUCUUGAUACACAAAACCUAGUAGAUACAAGAGAGGCUAAACCAAUAAAAAAAUCUGAGAGCUAAGAACACCUUUGGGAAGCCUACAGAGUUUAUGUUGAAAAUAUUUUGGUUUGGGAUGAGAUUGUUGUCUUUAAUUUUUGUUCUUAUAAGAAAGUUUAUGCUCUGCAGAUUAUUUGUUUAGUGUUAUGGCUUUGUUUUCCUAUUUCAUGAAAAACUUGAGUCUUUUUAUAAUGUUGUGAAAUAUGAACAUAAAUAUAUGAAGAAAAAAAUCUUGAAGUGCUGCAAAAUAUAGUGAAGUGUAAAUUAGUCUUAAUGUUUUAUCACUGAUUUGUGAAAAAUUUAAGACGAUUGUAUUAUUAUCUUAGUGGAUAUAUUUUAUGCAUGACCUUCUACCCUUUGACUUUUUGCUUAUUUCCCAUUGUAAAGGGGAAAGCAGAUUUUAUGAAGGAUUUUGGUGGCAAAUCUAUUUUAUAAGAUGAAAAUCCAGUGUGGAGGUAGAAAGUAUAUAUUUUGAAUCAUGUUUAGAAAUAAAAUGGCUCCAUCUGGAAAUGUG